GCUGCUCUGUUGUUAAACCGGCCGUGCGCGGAGCGGGUUUAGUGGGCCGGGGGUUGUUAGAGUGCUGGAGAAGGGUGGAGUGGGCUCCGUAAUGGCGCGGGUAUCGGUACUGGGAGUUUCUGUGCUGGAAAACCCGAGUCCCUUCAGUCACCCGCUCCGCUUUCAGGUGCAGUUCGAGUGCGGAGAGGCUUUGCCUCAUGACUUGGAGUGGAAGAUCAUUUAUGUUGGCUCUGCUGAGAGUGAAGAGUACGACCAAGUUCUUGACUCUGUGCUGGUUGGACCAGUUCCAGCUGGGAGGCAUAUGUUUGUAUUUGAGGCAGAUGCCCCAAACCCUGGUCUAAUCCCUGAGAGUGAUGCUGUAGGAGUUACUGUGAUACUCAUCACCUGCACCUACCUGGGCCAGGAGUUCAUCCGAAUUGGCUACUAUGUCAACAAUGAGUAUAUGGAUCCAGAACUAAGAGAGAAUCCACCCCUCAAACCAGACUUUUCUCAGCUGCAGAGGAAUAUCCUGGCAUCCAACCCUCGUGUCACCCGUUUCCACAUCAAUUGGGAUGCACCUAGAGACCAAAUGGACAAUAUUGAAAAUGUGGAUCCAGAACCAGAUGGCUUCUUGUCCCCUAGCUGUGCCUACCUCAAGGGGUUGGCUCCUUCAAUGAGUCUUCAGCCUGAGAAUUCCAUGGACUGUAUGUGAUCCAAGCACAAGAAUCUACUGACCUGACAUGGAGAAGGGCAAUUCAUGAGUAUUUUGUAAGGAAGUUGAAAGGAAAAAGAAUAUUGUCAAUGAGGCAGCUGAAUUCUUAAAUGGUCUCUCUGAGUCAACAAAAUUUUCUGAGCCUUUAUCCUAUUGGAGUUUGACAAGAUGCCUUCCUGGCUAUAAACUUGCAUUUCUGCUAUAGCCAUUUUGUGCUUAAGACCUGCACCCUCUCCUCUUGACAGGCAUCUUGUGCAGCAACUGAGUAAGCAAAAAUUCUGUGUUCGCUCCUGUUUUUGCCAAAUGUCCUGGAGUCUAGGAGUAAUGUGAGAGGCCAUGAUGCUCUUUUUUGAGAGUCUAUAUAGUAGGUGCCUCCAUUUCAAGACUUUGACUCUCUCUUUGCUCUUUCUGUUCUGACAGAGGUGAACUUCAAGGACCUGCUUACUGCCAACACAAUGGCUAGAUAUUACAGCCAGGUCUUGAUUCCUCUCUUAACAGGAGCUGAAAAUCCUUCUGACCCAAUUUUGCAUCCAUUGUUCUACUGUUGCACGUAGCAGCAAAGGUGAUGGAAGUCUCUUACAUGAGUUUGAAGCAGAGGAGGGGAGGCUUCUUCUUAUGUGAGGGGUCCCAAUGCUAUUUUUGCAAGCUCUUGUUUUGGGCAUGCAUUGUCUUUAUACUAUUAUCCCCACAAGUACCCUCUCCAAAGCCAGAAUUGGCAGGAAUACUAUAUCCUGUAAGCAGUGUUGACUUUACAAAAUCCUCUGCUGGUGCCCUUGCCUGUAGGAUUAUUAAACAUACCUUUCUUAUAUGCAGAUUCUCUCUUGAGGCAAUUUGGUUCAUUUGUAGUCUCUUUCUACACAUAGCACGUUCCUCUCAAAACUCCUCACUUUUGUUUGGAUGCCUUUUAUAGUAUAGUAAAGUUUACAUCUGUGUGAUGAGAAAGUUCUUCUGGCCUCCCUCCAGUCUGUUCCUUUACUUUCAGUGACUGCAUGCCCUGGUACUUGGCCUAUUUUUCUCCCUGAUAUUACAGAGAUGCACUGCACGCAGGUCUUUUUAAACAUUUUAUCUUGUGAAAUUGAUGUCCAGCUAAUAAAACUUUUGGAAGAAAUUA